AUGAGCGAUACUGAAUGUGAUUCCGGUGAUCAAUCCGCUAAUGUUGAACACUUCAAUGGACCUGUGGAAAACGCGUGGUUGAUGAAAAUUCCCGAAUUUAAACCAGAAGAUAAUCCCAAUGGAUUGGUGGAAGAGAGUUCGUUUUCCUGCCUGUUUCCAAAAUAUCGCGAAAAGUAUGUAAAAGAAUGUUGGCCAUUGGUCGUAAAAGCGCUCAACUCGCAUUACAUCAAAGCAGAGUUAGAUUUAAUUGUAGGCAAUAUGACAGUACGAACCACGCGCAAAACGUGGGACCCUUUUAUCAUUCUAAAGUCGCGCGAUCUCAUCAAACUUUUGUCACGGUCGGUUCCAUUUGAGCAAGCGGUAAAGGUGUUGGAAGAUGAGAUCAGCUGCGACAUUAUUAAAAUAAAGAACCUCGUGCGCAAUAAGGAGAAAUUUGUGAAACGCCGCAGUCGACUUAUUGGACCAAAUGGUUGUACUCUGAAAUCACUCGAACUGCUAACGAACUGCUACGUUCUUGUUCAAGGGGCCACUGUAUCGGCAAUUGGACCGUAUAAGGGUCUCCAAUGUGUCCGAAAGGUAGUAGAGGAAACGAUGAAAAACAUUCAUCCCAUUUACAACAUUAAAGCUCUGAUGAUUAAACGUGAGUUAAUGAAGGACGAAAACUUGCGCGAGGAAAAUUGGGAACGCUUUUUACCUCGCUUCCAAUCCAAAAAUACUUCCAAACGAGCAAAACCGAAAAUUAUUAAGAAGAAAAAAGAAUACACACCCUUCCCUCCGCCUCUUCAAGAAAGCAAGAUCGACAAACAAUUAGCAUCCGGUGAGUACUUCCUCACUGAUGAACAGAAACGAUCAAAAAAGCGUCAGGAACAGAUGGCUAAAGAAAAACGAGAUGCUACUGUGCAAAAAGAACGACGAGAAAAAGAUUUCAUGGCCCCAGAGGAAUCUAACAAAAGAUCAUCUAAAAUAAUUGAUACAAAAAUGACGAAUAAAGUAGAUAUAAAAUCACUGAAAGGUAAAAUUGCUAGAGCCAAUAAAAGGGAAGCGAAGAUGAAGUAA